AUGACCAGCGCAACGAGACCACAGCUUGAGCCUAGGAUAUCCUCGUUCAGACAGAAUGGAAUGCGAACUGAUGCGCUCGUGUUAUCGGAGCCUGGCGGGAAGUUCAAGUAUAAAAAGAUCACGCUUCGUGACAACCUCCUCGAGCCUGACGAAUGCCUGGUGCGAAUCAAAGCCACUGGGAUCUGCCACACCGACCUGAACUUCGCCUCCAAGGAUCGGGGACAACCAGAGAAUUUUCCCUGCGUGCUGGGGCACGAAGGCGCGGGCACGGUGAUUAAGGUGGGGUCUUGGGUCGAGGAUAUAGCCGUCGGCGAUGAAGUUAUCGUAACAUUCACCUCUUGCGCGCAGUGUAGGAAUUGCGAGACUGGCUUUCCUGGAUACUGCGACAGGUGGUUCAAGUACAACCUCGGCUUUUCCAGAUUCGAUGGCACGCAGACCAUUGAGGAUCCAAAAUCGAAAAAGCCUCUGAAGGGACACUUCUUCGGCCAGAGUUCCUUCGCGCGGGAGAUCAUAGUCUGUGAGACGGCAUUGGUUGUCAUUCCUGCUCCAACACCAGCUUAUGAGCUACUUGCCCCGCUUGCAUGCGGCGUCAUGACAGGGGCUGGAGCUAUGUUGAACAUUGUCAAACCACAACCACAUCAAUCCGUUUGCGUUCUUGGAGUUGGAUCCGUGGGCCUCUCUGCUAUCAUGGCUCUGAAGACCCUGGCACGGCCUCCAAGACGGAUCAUUGCUCUUGACAUCUUGUCAUCACGGCUCGAACUUGCAAAGAAAUACGGCGCAACGCACGGCAUCAACACGACUUAUCAGAAGGACCUGAUGCCCACCCUGAUGGAGAUCACUAAAGGCGCAGGUGUGGACGCAACAAUAGACUGUGUCGGCUUACCGAAAGUUGUUGAGCAAAUUGUGCAUGGCACAGCACGGAGAGGGCGAAUAGUGGCGGUCGGCGUAGGUCUACUGACGAAUGCUGUGUCAAUCAACACCUUUGAAGCGGUGCAAGCUGGCUUAGUAUAUCAAGGUAGUCUUCAAGGCGACUCGGAUCCGAAGAGGUUCCUGCCGUGGUUGCUGAAAAUGAAUCAACAAGGGAAGUUCCCGUACGAUGAGCUGAUCACAACGUACCACGUUGAGGAAGUGGCCGAGGCGAUCAAAGACAUUAAAGAAGGCAGGACUGUCAAAGCGGUGUUGUUGUGGGACACUCACUGA